AUGCUGGCGUCUACUCCACCAGCUGACCUGUUGGCUAGAGAACGUGAGACCGAGUUCCUAGCAAGGCGAGGGGGGCGAAUUGUUGCAACCAAAGAAGAAAUCAGAAAAGUAACUAUCGCAAAAUGGCAGGCGAGAUGGGAUGCAGUGAAGGCGGAUGACCCCGGAAGCUGGACGAAGAGACUCAUCCCCGACUUGGCGACAUGGUGUUCGAGAGGAUUCGGCUAG